AUGGGGAAUUGUCUUAAGCGUCAAUCACCGUCAAUGGUGUGGGCGGAGGAUGACAGGGAUGAGUGGGAAUGGGUAUCGCCGGAGAAGAUAGUUGCAGAGAGGGAGAGUUUGUUGUGUGAUAAAAGCAGUGCAUCCUUCUCCUCAUCUCCGCCGUCUUCUUCUUCCCCUUCGAGUGGAGAGUUGAAGAUCGUGAUCUCAAAGAAGCAGCUGGAGCAGCUGCUGGGAAAAGGGGAGACGACGGCAGCGCACGUUGUGGCGGUGGACCAAGUCUUGGCAGGAUUGUUGGUCGACGCCGCCGGUAAUCGUGGUGGUUCGGAAAUGCUGCGCCAACGAUCAUGGCGGCCCCGUUUGCACAGCAUUCCGGAAGUGAAUUGA